AUGACUGCUACUGCUGUUACCGAGGCCGAGGCGCCGCACAACAAGUUCGACACCAUCCUGGUGCUCGACUUCGGCAGCCAGACCAGCCACCUGAUCCUGCGCCGUCUGCGUGGCCUUAAUGUCUACGCCGAGAUGCUUCCGUGCACGACGAAGCUGGCCGACCUGCCCUUCAAACCCAAGGGCAUUAUCUUGUCUGGAGGUGAGGUUUUCGUACGCGACGAUGGGUUUCAACAGACUGCGGAAUAG